UCGGAAAAGUCGACAGCCAAACUCAUCUCUAAUUUUAUCGAAAUGCAAUAGAUAUCUUACCCAUAAGUUUAAAUCUUCAAAUAUGGAUUCCAACGUGGUGGAAAGCGAGCUGGCGGAGCGGGAGCGGGACGUUUGCGUUUGUGGUGGAGGGCCCACCCUCGCCAUCCUCAAGGACGUGCAGAGGGGCUACGAGGAGAGGAUGGCACUUAUUGAGAGGAUCGGGGGCGCUAAGAAAUUACAGAUGCAAGUGGAAGUGCUAAGGGCGUGGGUGAGCGACCUGGUGGGACAGAACACGCUGCUCGCGCGAGCCGUGGAGGAGCUGGAGACGGAGGCCACCACCAGACUGCUGAUGGAGCGGCGGCGGCAUUCAGAGAUCAAGGGAUCUUGGUAG